UGCUAUAUAUCGUCACCUCUUUGGCAUAUCAUAUAUGUCAAAAAAAUUAAAAAAUUAAAUUAAUUAUUUCACUUUAGAUUUAAAUUUAUUAUUUUAAAAAAUGUGGGCCGACACUCUGUUGAUAGUAUUUAUAUCUAUUUGCACAGCCUUUCUCGGCGAAGGGCUAACCUGGCUCUUGGUGUACCGUACGGAAAAAUUCCAAAAACUCAAAGGCGAAGUGGAGAAACAAAGUAAAAAAUUGGAACGAAGGAAGGAAAUUCAUGGCGAUUCGUUGGAUAAACAGCACAAAAAGAAAAUCGAAAGAGACGAGGAAAAGCUGAAGAACAACAACCGAGACCUGUCGCUGGUGAAAAUGAAAUCGAUGUUUGCCACCGGCUUUGCAUUCACCGCUCUACUCAGCAUGUUCAAUAGCAUUUUUGAUGGUCGGGUCGUCGCUCGGCUACCGUUUCUACCGAUUUCAUGGAUACAAGGUCUCAGUCAUCGAAAUUUGCCCGGUGAAGACUACACGGAAUGUUCGUUCAUUUUUCUGUACAUUCUGUGCACGAUGAGCAUACGGCAAAAUAUUCAGAAACUGCUCGGUUUCUCACCGUCGAGAGCGGCUAGCAAACAGGGUGGCGGUCUAUUCGGUGGACCAGCACCAGGUCAAUUCAAGUAAAUUUAAAAUUCGUGUUUAAGUAAAGCAAUCCAUUGGAGAACAAA